AGCUUUUCGACUUUCUACAGUAAUGUAUCCUCCCCGACGUCGCUUUCUUAGUGAAGUUCAGUGAACACGUUGAGGAGCCCGCUCUCUGUUGGAUCCAUGUGGCUUUGUGGCUUUACCUGGACUCACUACACACAUUCUCUUUUCUGCCGCACCGCGGGACUCUCAACCACGGUUGGUGGCAAAAUAAACAGACGUUGAUUGAGAAGGAAGUGUUGAUGCACAGUUGUAGAAAAGUGUCAACCACUAAACGUUGAGUUGUUAGAGGCUACCUGCGUAUGCACUGCAGUGGAGUUCCUCUCUAAACUGGAAUCAGCAGAGGAUAAAAGAAGGAUUAAUCACAGAAGUGCACGAUGCUGAGAUACCAGACGGUCCUUUGGAUUUUCUCAUUGCUGUCUGUUGCAGCUGGAUCCGAUUUUAAAGCACGUAACUGCAGUGGGGUUAAAGAAGCUUCUAUUGCAAAAGGCUUCAGCUUUGAAAAUGUUCCUCUCCAACAAAUGUCAGGUGACCAUCUCCGGGUAUGUCCCCAGGGCAAUACCUGUUGCAGUUCAGAAAUGGAGGACAAGUUUGGUCAACAAAGCAAGCUGGAGUUAGAGAACCUGGUUGAUGAAACUAGUAAAGAAUUGCGAAGCACCUUCGUCUCCAGGCAUAAAAAGUUUGAUGAGUUCUUCCUGGAGCUGCUGGAGAACACGGAGAAGUCCCUGAACGAGAUGUUCGUACGGACCUAUGGCAAGCCUUACAUGCAGAACUCAGAAGUCUUCCAGAACCUGUUUGCCGAGCUGAAGCGCUACUACACUGGGGGCAACGUGAACCUGGAGGAGAUGCUCAACGACUUCUGGUCGCGGUUGCUGGAGCGCAUGUUCACGCUGCUCAACUCCCAGUACGUCAUCACAGAUGACUAUCUGGAGUGCAUCAGCAAGUACACAGACCAGCUCAAACCCUUUGGAGACGUGCCCAGGAAGCUCAAGGCUCAGGUUACAAGGGCCUUCAUUGCAGCCCGCACAUUCGUCCAGGGGCUCUCGGUUGGUCGAGAGGUGGCCAACAGGGUGUCCAAGGUGAGCAGCACCCCAGCGUGUAUCCGAGCACUGACCAAGAUGAUGUACUGCCCAUACUGCCAAGCCAUGCCCUCCGUGAAGCCCUGUAACAACUAUUGUCUGAACGUCAUGAAGGGCUGUCUCGCCAACCAGGCCGAUCUGGACCCAGAGUGGAACCAGUACAUCGAUGCCAUGUUGCUGGUGGCACAGAGGCUGGAGGGACCCUUCAACAUCGAGUCUGUCAUGGAACCCAUUGAUGUCAAGAUUUCGGAGGCCAUCAUGAAUAUGCAAGAUAACAGUGUCCAAGUCUCCUACAGGAUUUUUCAAGGCUGCGGCCAACCAAAGCCCUCAGGAAUGGGCGGCAGGUCUACCCGGGGCGUCUCGGAUGUGUUCAACGCCCGCUUCAGGCCCUACAGCCCAGAGGAGCGGCCCACCACUGCAGCUGGCACCAGCCUGGACAGACUGAGGACUGUCUGGAGUGCAAUGCAACACAGUGUGAUUGACAUCAAGGAGAAACUGAAGCUGUUCAAGAAGUUGUGGUCCAACCUGCCUGAGGACAUCUGCCAGCCACACAGGGUGACAGCAGGGAAUGCCACCGAUGACGACCAGUGUUGGAAUGGGCACACCAAGGGCAGGUAUUUCCCAGAGGUUAUGAAAGACGGAUUGACCAAUCAGGUGAAUAACCCGGAGGUGGGCGUGGACAUCACCAGGCCUGACACGUUCAUUCGCCAGCAGAUCAUGGCUCUGAGAGUGAUGACAAACAAGUUAAAAAAUGCCUACAAUGGCAAUGAUAUCUACUUUCAAGACUCAAGUGAUGAGGGCAGUGGCUCGGGCAGUGGCAGCGGCUGCACGGAGGCCUGCGUCACUGAGUUUGACUUUGCCAGCACCGAGGCACCGGUGGUGGGAGCGGACCGGAGCGGGAGCGGCCCGGUGGAGGAUUCAGCAGCAGCCACACACCCUGCUCCCUCAGCAGCCCUGCUGGCCAGCCUGUCCUUCUCAGUCCUGGCACUGCACAGGCUAUGGAGAUAAUGCUGGGGGAACUCACCCAACGUGGACAGAAGGAUCUCUCUCUACGGUGUGUUUUUCUACUCAAGCAGACUGGAGCUACAGUCAAGCAGACAGUAUUCAGGCAGCCUUGGCCUCUCGGAUAGGUAGAGGGGUCUUCUCUGCUCUGGAGACAGCAGUCAUGCAUCCUGGAUCCCCCUUCCUCCUCCUAAAGUGUCUGGUCAUUGGUGCCAUCCUUAGGCAGGACUUCACAUGACUCCCGUCACUCCAAAAUAGAAACAGAUGAUCCACCGUCAAACAUUGUUCAAGAAGCCCAAAGGAAUUACUUUUUUCUGGCAUAAGGUAGAUGUUAUUAGGUCUCCAUGAGAAAAAGUAAUUGCACUUUUGGUCUUGUUUUUUUUAUGCUAUAGAAGAUGAUUAUGUUGUACCACUGUGAGAUUGUGGCGAGGGUGCACCAAGAGGUGAUCAGAAGAUAGAACUAGAACAUGUCUACUAUGGUGUACGGUGAUCUCAGCUGGCAGGUAUUUUACUUGUUGACAGGUCAGCAGUGCAUUUCUUCAUUCAUAAAACAAACCCGAAUUCCCCAAAAUCACAGAAAAAUACCAUAGAUACAGUAUGGCUUUCACAUUAAUUGUUGAUUUCGUCCUUGGUUCUUCUGCUUUAAAUAUUAUUGAAUAUUUUUCUACAUUGACAGAAAUACAUACAUAUGAUACAUAUGAAACAUGUUUAAUGUUAAUCAGGUAAAGUAAAAUAUUGUACAACUCAAACACUAUAUAUACAAAAGUAUGUGGACAUCCCUUCAAAUUAGUGGAUUUGGCUGUUUCAGCCACAUCCGUCGCUGACAGGUGUUUAAAAUCGAGCACACCACCAUGCAAUCUCAAUAGACAAACAUUGGCAGUAGAAUGGCCUUACUGAAGAGCUCAGUUUGUCAAAUGUCUGCCCUGCUAGAGCUGCCUCGGUCAACUGUAAGUUCUGUGAUUGUGAAGUGGAUAUGUCUAGAAGCAACAACCGCUCAGCCGUGAAGUGGUAGGCCACACAAUUACACAGAACGGGACAGCUGACUGCUGAAGCGCAUAGCGCGUAAAAACAUCUGUCCACAGUUGCAGCACUCACUACCGAGUUCCAAACUGCCUCUGGAAGCAAUAUUAGCUCAAGAACUGUUAGUCGGGAGCUUCAUGAAGUGGGUUUCCAUGGCCGAGCAGCCACACACAAGACUAAGAUCACCAUGCUCAAUACUAAGCGUUGGCUGGAGCAGUGUAAAGCCUGCGCCUCAUUGGACUCUGGAGCAGUGGAAACGCGUUCUCUGGAGUGAUGAAUCACGCUUCACAAUCUGGCAGUUCGACAGACGAAUCUGGGUUUGGCAGAUGCCAGUAGAACGCUACCUGCCCAAAUGCAUAGUGCCAAGUGUAAAGUUUGGUGGAGGAUAAAUAUUGGUCUGGGGCAGUUUUUCAUGGUUCUGGCUAGGCCCCUUAGUUCCAGUGAAGAGAAAUAUUAAACCUACAGCAUACAAUGGCAUUCUAGGCGAUUCUGUGCUUCCAUCUUUAUGGCAACAGUUUGGGGAAGGCCCUUUCCUGUUCAGCAUGUCAAUGCCCCCGUGCACAAAGCAAAGUUCUUACAGAAAUGGUUUGUCGAGAUCGGUGUGGAAGAACUUGACUGUCCUGCACAGGGUCCGGGCCUCAACCCUAUCGAACUCCUUUGGGAUGAAUUGGUGAAAUAAAUCAAAUAAACAUUGGAACGCCGACUGCGAGCCAGGCCUAAUCGCCCACCAUCAGUGCCCGACCUCACUAAUGCUCUUGUGACUGAAUGGAAGCAAAGGGGGGACCAACUCCAUAUUAAAGCCCGGAGAUGUUGAGAUGUUUGACGAGCAGGUGUCCACAUACUUUUGGCCAUGUAGUGUGUCUAAUAUAAGUUUUUACCAUUUACUGCAUUCUGUUGUUUUGAGUGCAGAUGUUAUCAUACCACAAAGAACCUCAUCAGAAUGAUUGCUUUAAGUUAUGUUAUAUGGUGUUAUCCACUAUGUCAGAUUUUCCCAUAAUUGGAGGGAAUAAGAGAAUGUCCAACCAUUUAGAAACGAUCGGUCUGCAUUUAUUGGUAUGAGGUUAUUGAAAGUUUACAUCCUUUUUUCCCCUUCUAUUUUUUUAUAUCCUCAGAUAUGAACCUUUCCCUGAUAACUCAGGAUUGAGAUGUUUUUAAUGUUAAUUCAACUUGUUUUGAACUGCACAUGCUUAACUUCAUAAGCAUAUGUUCAUCUCGUGUUUUCACUACCUGCAAUGUGAUGUCUAACUUCCCAUCUGUCACUAUGAAGGCAAAUGUAGACACAGUAAGACACCAUGUUCUAACAGUUCUAGCAAGCAACUCAACUGAGGCCCUCAGAUUUCAAGAUUUCCAACAUUUAUUGACAAGAUCAUUCAGUAAUCCGUUUUAUGGAAGAUACAUGUGCAGUUAAAGUUAAUGCACUUAAAUAUCUCUAAUGUCAAGUGAGCUAAUGUCGACAUCUGCAUUUAACUGUAACCACUAAUGUCUUUAUAAUUCACAAGUAGAUGUGUCAAAAUUACCGUUCACAUAACAUUGAUUCAAACAUUGAUUCAAACCAGUUAUUCAUUCAUGAUUAAAAACAAGAGAGAACGAAUGAGGAUCAAGAUGAGGUGUCAAAUUGUAGUAGGUAAAAACAUAGGACAUUGAAGACAAAAAAAAAUGCCAAAGGCUAAAAAAAAAGCCCCCUUCAUUUAUCUCUGGCGCCUGAGUGGUUCUGUGUGCCAGAGACAGGCUCAAAGCCGACCACAGCCACCUGUGAAAUGAGAAUCUUAGAAGGUAGAGAGUGUCUGGACAGGGUUGAAUGCUCCAGUGAGGAUAGGCAGUAGAGCGUACCUACAGAGACUGGGAAAGGAUUGGCAUUACUGAAGGGGGCGUACUGUAUUUCCCCCCUCAAAUGCUAGCCAACAAAACCAGCCUCGAGUAGUAUGGUGUUCUCAGAGGGCCGGCCGGUCAACUCAGUAAACCAUGAAGGCCAGCUAAGCUAAGCAUACAUAUCAAGGGAGUUAGCCAGUAUUAUAUUAAUAUUCUUCAGCUCUUAUUAUCAUCUCUUAUUGGCCUUGUUGCAGCAUAUCAAUUGUGAGCUUGCUUCGUUGCCUCUUGAUUAACCAGUAUUAGUGUUCACCUUGGCAGAUGAUGAUGAUGUGCAAAAUAAUGGAGAACAAACAUUUUUGUCUCUUUGUCAGUGUGUCCUUAAAAUAAGAUUCUUUAUUAUGAAUAAUGAUCUCGCAGGAUGCAGUUUUUUUGUUGUUGUAUUAUUGCACUUUUAAUGGUCAUAUUUUUCUUAUAUUUUGUCUUGUACUGUAUGUU